AGCGGGGUCCCUCACGCCGCCAUUACGCCCCUCAGGGCGCCAUUACAGCCGCCCCCUCCUUCUCCGGGGGUCCCGGCGCAUGCGCGGGCGGCGGUGGCGGAAACGCGGGGGGCGGGUUCUGCUUCCGGGUAAUGGCGGCGGAGGGGCCGGCAGCGGGGCCCUGCUGCACCGCCGUCCCUCAGUGAGAAGCGCCAGCGCGGCGGGGAGCGGGGUAAGAUGAGCCCGGUCCGCGCCCGCGGGAGCCGCAGCACCCAGCGCUGAGCCCGCCCCGGCGGCCACCGCCAGAGCCGGAGAUGGCAGCGGACUCCACGAUCCCCAUCUGGCAGAACAAACCCCAUGGCUCAGCACGCAGCGUUGUCAGGAGGAUCGGGUCAAACCUCCCUUUAAAACCCUGUCCCAGAGCAACCUUUGAGGUUCUACCAAAUGUUUCGGAGCUCUAUUUAAAUGAUGUCCCUCCAGUCCCCACCUUGGCAGACAUUGUGUGGAUAGCAGCAGAUGAUGAAGAAACAUAUGCCAGAGUCAGAAGUGACACUCGCCCGCUGAAGCACAAGUGGAAGCCGAGUCCCUUCACUGUUAUACAGCGAAAUGCUUCAGUCCCCAACCUGAGGAAGCAGGAGGAGAAGCUGCUCGCCUUGAAGAAACCUGGUUUACCAGCCCUGAGCCGAACAACAGAGCUCCAGGAUGAGCUGAGUCACCUUCGGAGUCAGAUAGCUAAAAUAGUGGCUGCAGAGUCAGCUUCUGCUUCAUUAACACCUGACUUAUUAUCUCCAGGAAGUUCAAAUGCAUCUUCUCCUUUACCUUGUUUUGGACCCUCUUUCCAAUCUACAACUUCCUUUGUCAUUAGCGAUAUCACAGAGGAGGAGGCAGAACUCGAAAGCCCCGAGCUCCCGUCAGUCUCCAUGCUUUGUUCUACAACCUCCGAGUGUUGUAAACCAGAACCAAAGGAUCCUGACGAGGAAGAUUCUGUGUCUCUUUCGAAGGCCAGCAGUUUUGCAGACAUGAUGGGCAUUCUUAAAGACAUUCAUAGGAUGAAGCAGAGCAAAGACUUGACUUGGUGCUUAAACACAACCUUGGAAGCUUCAGGAAUGAGUGAGAAACGCUUGCAGAAAUGUGCAUGUUUCAACAAAUGUGAAAUAGAGCCUGUUAAAGUGUCUGUGAUGCCCUCUGCGAGGGGAGUGGCUGAGUGGUGUGCCUGCUGGGCCGUGCGCUCAGUGUGGGGUUAAAGACAGGUAGCGUGAGGAGCUGCUUGGACUGUGAGUACACUUUGACUUAAACCGAACUUCAAUGAAGGAGGAAGACCCGGCCGUUCUUAUAGCAGAAGUUCUGAGAAGAAAAUUUGCCCUCAAGGAUGAAGAUCUGGCCCUGAAGGAGAAAUGAUGUUACUGUCACUAAACUCUGUAAGCAAAAGUGUUAUGCUCCCAAAAUUUUCUCCACAGUAGCUGCCUUCCUAAGGAUUGAGCCUUUUGCCUCUUUUAUUAAUUAGAAAUGGUUUCUGCACUGGACACUUACUUAGGAAAGACCCUACGGAUUUGAUGUGUUUUCCAUGUAUUGUUACAUUUAAGAAAAAACUUUUUAAGAUGAUGGAAAUUCUUUUCCACCUGUAUUUUGAUGUUGAUUAUUGAUAAGGAUCUUCUAAAGAGUGCAAUGCGUGCUGCUGGAUGACGUUCUUUUGACCUACAAUUUUCCUUAGGUUCAAAUUAAGCAUUAACUUCUAACGGCCUUGUUACAAUAUAACUAGUUACCAUUGCCAGUAUAAACGGAUGUCAAACAUCCCAUUCUUUCUCUGUUCUGAGUAUGGUACAGAGCUACUGAGAAUAAGCUAAUUAAUGCUUCCAGGUCUUCAGUGUUUAGGAGGUUGUUGAACCACAGUGGUAAAAGACGUCUUCCCAAUAACUGUCUGACCCAGUGGUAGGAUGAAACUGCAGUCAAUGAUCAAACCACUCAGUCACAUCUGAGGGAUGCUGGCGGGUUUUGGUAUGCCCUGGGUAUUUCUUAACUCACAAAUUAUCCCCACAGUUGCAUGACAGAAUGGCCUUAAUUUCUUGCCAGUAAUUUAAUGUUUCAUUAAUAGUCCUUGUAUUCAGAUAAUGUAUUUUAUUUAGCAUUCAAAAAGUCUAUUUAUUGAACACCAAUGCUAAGAAUCAAGCACCCACCACAAGAGCUGUCAUCUGAGAAAAGGGAAGAAGGAACUUGGCAUUGUCUAUGGCUACAGUUCUCACUAACUGAAGAGGUUUCCUUCAGCUACACAUUCUCUGCAAUGUUCCUCAUGGUUGUAUUUAAAGUAUGAUUUUUUUCCUUUAUAUAAAAUGGAGCCUUAAUAAGA